UUUUUUUUUUUUUUUUUUUUUGUGACAAGAGGACCAGAUAAACACAUUAUCAAAAACACGAGUCAACCGAAGUAAUUCUUGAGAUCAGUCAUCAACGAUUCAGUCAGAGCAGUAAUGGAGGAAGAAAAUCAAGCGAUGAAGCUGUAUUCGCACCCAAUGAGCUCCUGUUCUCGUCGUGUUCGUCUCGCUCUCUACUUAAAAGGGCUGAAAUAUGAAUGCAUAAAUAUUACCGGUGUUGGAGAUCCGGAACUUCUAAAGGUUAACCCAAUGGGUUAUGUGCCUGCUUUGGUGGAUGGCACUACGGUUGUUUCAGAUUCGUAUGCCAUCUUAUUAUAUCUGGAAGAGAAAUACCCUCAACAUGCUUUGUUGCCUCAAGAUAUUAUAAAAAAAUCGAUAAAUUACCAGGCUGCAAGUAUUGUUUCUUCCAGCAUUCAGCCUCUUCAGAAUACGACUUUAGUUCAUUAUAUCGGAGAACUUGUUAGUCCUGAUGAGAAGCUUCCUUGGGCUCAAAAUCAUAUCAGGAAAGGGUUCGUAGCUCUCGAGAAGCUAUUAGCGAACCAUGCUGGGAAAUAUGCAACCGGAGAUGAAAUUUACCUGGCAGACUUGUAUCUCACAUUCCAACUUGAUAAUGCAAUCAACCGGUUCAAGCUUGAUAUGACCGAGUUCCCACUUCUGCUUAAGUUAUACAAGGUUUACUGCCAAACACCAUCUAUCCAACAGAUUUUCGCUGAAUCAUCUCAACAACAAAUAGAUAAGUCGCUUUUCAAUUUUACCAAGCCACAGGAGGCUUAAGACGCAUCAUUUCCUGGCAAAACCAACAUAUGACUCGAAUAAAAACUGAGGUUUGGCUGUCAUUAGGUUCUUAAAUUGCACAUUGUUGUAUUUUCACUUAAAUUGUACUUGAUAUAAUCAUCAUAAAAGAUCAUAUGUUGAUGUAUAUUCAGUCAAAUCUUCGAAUUCACGUUUGGUUGGGUUGAAAUCCAGACCAGUUUGAUCCCC